GAGGAAUGAAUCAAGGAAAGCAACCAAAGCGUCACACUCGAAAGAAACGUGGGAAAGAAAUCCCAGAAAAAAACAAAAUCCCAUAAAAAACAAGCGAACACCCAAAACAGGAAUGGUGAGGCUUCGCGGACACAGCCGGCCGGACAACAGCCCGGAGUUCUUCAAAGUUUUCCUCCCCUACACGAGCUCGCACCAAAUGGCCAUACCGCAAGCUUUUAUCAGGCACUUCAAUGGAGCCAUACCAAAGAAGACCAUUCUCUUUGAUCAUACUAAGAAGCCUUGGCAUGUCACACUGGAGCAAACUGACGGGCGCUUGUGUUUUAAGAAUGGUUGGCAAUGCUUUGCUAGUGAUCACUCUUUGAAAUUUGGAGACUUCCUGGUUUUUAAAUACAAUAGUAAUUCUUCGUUUGAAGUGAAAAUAUUCGAUAAUACUGGAUGCAAGAAGGGAGAAACUGUGGCUAUUGAGAAGACUAUUCCAAUUGUGGAUUUGGAACAAGAUUCUGAACCAGAGAAAAAUUGUAGAAGACUCACUUGUGCUGGCAAGCGAAAGCUUUCGGAAAUAGGCUUCAAGAAAAAUGAAGAGGCAGGCAGCUCAUCUAAAGCUGGUCGGCAUAAAUCACGAAGAAUUGUUGAAACAAAUCUUGAAAAACAGAUUAUCCCAAAAGUUGCCCAAUUUGUUGCACCAAAGAAUCCAUACUUCGUGGUGGCCUUUGCUAACCAUAUGCAGUAUACAUUGAAUGUUCAUAGAUCAGUGAUACAGGCAUUUAACAUUAGAUUUAAGGAAAACAUGGUGAUUCGUGACGAAAACAGAAAUUCAUGGCCAGUGAAACUAAGUUUCAGAAAUGAUGGCCGAAUUUCUCUUGGUAGUGGAUGGUCUGAUUUCAGAAGGAAGAACAACUUACAAGUAAGAGACCAAUGUGUGUUUGAGUUUGUCCUUGGAAGGGGAAAUAUGUGCAAGGAACUUCAUGUUCAAAUUCUUCGUGGAAAUGCAAGAUUAAAGAAACUUUGUCACCGUUGGCAUUUGCAGCAGGCAGGGGAGGGGGCCAGUUCUUCACAUAGUGUAGGUUGAACUUAGUCAUGUCAUUGUCACAGUUUUUUUUUUUUUGUUAAAUUUCUUGUUUCUGUAGAUACUCCUGGUUUGAAAAUUUGUGUUUAGAUCCUGGCACUUGACUUUCAUGAUUUCUUUGGGGAUUGAUUGA